AAUGCCGCGGCUAUGGCCCCACCGGCGUCAUCUUCCGACAAACAAUAAACGAAUACAAUUCCCUUUCACAAGCCCAGAAUAAAAAGAAAUAAUAAGCAUCAAAGCUUCUAAAAAAGUAGAGAAACCUCACCCUCCCUUGAGAAAGUGCAUAUUAAAUUAUAUCCAAGCAUGACGUCGAACGAGCUAUUUAAAAUUCCCAUCCCGGCAAUCAAAUCGCAUCCGGGAGGCAACAUCGUCUGUACAUCUCCAAAGCCUCAAGUCUAUGUUCUCACAUGGACCUCCCCUCCAGACAACAGGUUUACACCCGCCUUCAAUACGGCGCUGAUGACGGCGCUCGAUACUAUUGAAUUCAGCCAUCCACCAGGUGUUGUUAUAACCACUUCAUCCAUUUCUAAGUUCUACUCCAAUGGCCUCGAUUUCAAGCUUGCUAUAUCGUUACCGGGAUUCUGGGAGAACAGCCUGUAUCCAUUAUUUCGAAGAUUCUUAACUUUUCCCAUGCCCACGGUCGCCUUGAUCAAUGGCCACGCCUUCGCCGGCGGGUUCAUGCUAGCUAUGCAUCACGACUACCGAGUCUUCACAGGCGCAAAGGGCUACCUGUGCAUCAACGAACUCGAGUUCGGCGCACCGUUACUACCACCCAUGAGUUCCAUUUUCAGGAUGAAAACUACUCCUAAUGUGUAUCGCAACAUGGUUCUUGAAGCGCGACGCUUUGAUGCCAAGGCUGCCCUAGAAGCCGGCUUGGUGGAUGCCAUUGGCGAGAUGGACGCAGCUCUGAGCUUAAUUCAGGAACGAUCGCUAAUCAAGAAAGGAUCCACCGGCGUCUACGGGCUGCUGAAGGCUGAGAUGUAUCGCGAGAGCGUGGCACUGUUAAGCGCCACGGGCAAAGAGGCGGCCAAAACUAUGGACAUACAAGAAGCUGAGAAGAAAAGAAAAGAAGACGGCGCAAAACAAUUCAAGGAAGCACAAGGUAAUAAGGCAAAAUUAUAAAGUCCCGAUAACUUUACUUGUGUUUUUUCAAUUUCUUAGGUUGGGUAGUUUAGCACUUUGAGUAUGUACUAUAGCAUAAAUGCGGCGUCGCAUUUGAGGUUGUCGUUCACAUGUUAAGGAGGUUCCUCGACAUAUGCAUAUAUUAGGUACCUCCUAUUUAUUUAGGCGAUAGACGACUGCCGUCACUAGUACGUGGGGAAUUCGAGGUCCUUCAACUUAUACGUGUAUCUUUAAACAAACUUUAUGUAUUUUAUUUAUUAUUUAUAUCCUAUUAAAUAAUCCAUUGAUGUUGUUAGUAAU